CUGUGCAAUCACAUGGCGCGCUAAGAAUGCUCCAAAGAUGGCGGUGGCGGUAGCGGCGGCGGCAGCGGCCGGCGGCCGGGCGCAGCAGCGGAGCGGCUGGCUGGAAGUCCUGGUGCGGGACCGCUGGCACAAAGUCCUGGCCAACUUGGGCGAGGAUGCCCUGGUGCUGAGCGGCGAGGAGCGCGCCGACGGCGCAGCCCACAACGGCGUCGGGGCCAGCGGCAACGGGGCGCCCUGCCGAGGGGCUGCCGCUGGCCGCGGGAGCCAGCCGGGCGCCGCGGGCAACCCCGGCGGGGCGGCCGAGCCCCCGGGCGGCGGCGGCGGCAGCAGCAGCCCCAAGGCGGGGGGUGGCCCCGGGGUGCGCACCGCCUUCACCGAGCUCCCCGAGCAAGUGCCCGACGCCAUCUCCAACAAGAAGCGGUGCGUGAAGGUGCAGAAGCAGGAGCUGGGCGGGCUGGGCAUCAGCAUCAAGGGCGGCAAGGAGAACAAGAUGCCCAUCCUCAUCAGCAAGAUCUUCAAGGGGCUGGCGGCCGACCAGACCCAGGCCCUCUACGUGGGCGAUGCCAUCCUGGCCGUGAACGGGACGGACCUGCGGGACGCCACCCACGACGAGGCGGUGCAGGCGCUCAAGCGGGCGGGCAAGGAGGUGCUGCUGGAAGUGAAAUACAUGCGAGAGGCAACCCCAUAUGUGAAGAAAGGUUCUCCAGUUUCAGAAAUUGGGUGGGAAACGCCUCCACCUGAAUCUCCACGGUUGGGAGGUGUAUCCUUCGACCCACUGUCGCAGCUUUCUCUCGCCAUCCAGAGAGACAAAAAAACAAUUCCACUCAAAAUGUGCUACGUGACGCGCAACAUGGCUGUGUCGGAUCCUGAAAACAGGCUUCUUGAAGUCCAUUCACCCGAUGCCAAGCACACUGUGGUUCUAAGGAGUAAGGAUUCAGCCACAGCCCAGGCCUGGUUCAAUGCUAUCCACUCCAGUGUGAGUGAUCUUAUUCCCAGGGUGAUUUCAGAGUUGAAAGACCAGCUGGGAAAAAGUGGGAUCGCUGGAAGUCGAGAGAUUAGGCAUCUAGGCUGGCUUGCAGAAAAGGUGCCAGGAGAGAAUGAGAAGCACUGGAAGCCAGCACUGGUUGUACUGACCGAGAAAGACCUUUUAAUAUAUGACAGCAUGCCACGAAUGAAAGAAGCUUGGUUCAGCCCUCUCCAUACUUACCCUCUGCUAGCCACCAGGUUGGUCCAUUCAGGUCCAGGUAAGGGAUCCCCACAAUCUGGGGUGGAUUUAUCUUUUGCAACGCGCACCGGUACAAAGCAAGGGAUUGAAACCCAUCUCUUCAGGACAGAGACUAGCAGAGACCUCUCACUGUGGACAAGGAACAUAGUGCAGGGCUGCCACAAUUCAGCUGAGCUCAUCACGGAAAUCACAACCUCUUGCACCUACAAAAACCAGGAGUGCCGUUUGACCAUCCAUUAUGAACAUGGAUUCUCUCUCACAGUUGAACCACAAGAUGGUGCCUUGUCCAAAACAAUUGCACAGUGUCCCUAUGAAAAGCUAAAAGUGUCUUCAGAUGAUGGCAUUAGGAUGCUUUAUUUAGACUUCGGAGGCAAAGACGGAGAAUUUCAACUGGAUCUUCAUUCUUGUCCAAAGCCAAUUGUGUUCAUUAUUCAUUCAUUCCUUUCAGCUAAGAUUACAAGACUUGGUUUGGUGGCAUAAGUUACAUCUGUUUCCUAAAAGAAAAAUGCAGCUGCCAUGCUAAUCUGAAGUACAAUCAAUAGAAGACACCUGUAGCUGCUAGCAAUCUACAAAAGAUUGGAGUUCAAUGCAGGGACUUCAGCUCUGGUGAUUCUCCAAGGCCCAGCCUUCAUUUUGUCAGCUACAAAGGAGGCGCACACAGAAAAAGACCAACAGAUUUCAGAAUAGUCCUUUAAAUCACUGUCAGUUGCAGGAGACGAUAACAAAACUCAUUGUAAAUAGUAGCAAAAAUGGAAUAUUACAAUGUUAAUUUAAAACCACAUACUGUACAGUUGAAAUGAGUACAGUACUGUAUGUGUAGACAUUUCAAAAUCAUAAAUUGUGCCUAUUUCAAAGUAUUUGUUUAUCUAGAGUAAGUAAGGGCUAAGCGGAUGCAAGACUGGGCACUUAUCAGUUGUGAUUCAGAAUAAGGCUUGAUUUUUUUCUCUUUUUUAAUACUAUAUGAAGUGGCGGCUUUAUGAAGAUUUAAAAAAAAAUCAGUAAAAUAUUACUUUCAUCCCAGUUCAUGUGCUAUUUAAAUGACUUGCUGUUCCAUAAGAAAGAGCCAUGAGAGGCAGCUGCUUUAAUACCCCGGCAGGUAGGUUGUGUGUGUGCAUGUACUCCAGUAGGGUGCUCAAAAGCAGGAGUUCUCAACCCUUUUCUGUCUGACACAUCCCCCCAACAUGCUAUAACAACUCUCCAGCCCACCUGUGCCCCCAAAUCCGUUUUUCUCAUAUCCAGUAGAUUAAAAGCCCUUGCCAGCAUUAGGGGGUAGCAAGCAGGGCAAUUGCCUGGCGCCCCACGCCACAAGGGGUCCCAUGAAGCGAAGUUGUUCGGGCUUCAGCUUUCUGCUCUGGGCUCCAAUGACUCUGAUGCCAGCCCUGCUCUCUAGUUUAUUUUGGCGUACCCCCAGUUGAGAACCUCUGCUCUAAAGCAGCAAGGAGGUCCUUAGUGAACAGCCCAGCACCCAAAUCAAACCAUUGAGGGGCAUUUUCAAAUGAUCCAUAUGUAAGGAGCAUAUGUGCACAUUCCUGUAGGGGGCACCAAAGCAGCAGUAAUUAUAGGACUUCUGUGGUUAACAGGCUAUUUAACAAGAGAGCACAAAGGGGCCUGUUCAAGUGUCCUUAACUUAUGAGCACACAGGGUAAACUUUUUAAAAGAACUAACCUAACUUUAAGAGCCUAAGUCCCACUGAAAGUCAGGGGCACCUAGUUGCUUUUGCAAAUUUUACCCACAAGACAAGUUACAGUGCCUCACUUAACAUUGUGACCUAGUAGUAUGUCCUGCUGCUAAAUCAGUUAAAUUGAAAUAGAUUUCAUUAAGAAACAUGUGUAGCUCUGUAAUAAUUCAUUUAAAAAUGUAUUUGAGAUUCAAAAAGUGGCCUGAGAAUUUAGGAGGAGUGGACUGAAAAACUGUUGAUCAAGUAGAAUUUAUACCACCUUUAAGCUGCAAACAGAACUAACUCUUUGAACUAGAUAUUCAUAAUGUGUUGACACUAAAGCCACAUUUUGAAAGCCAGGCUUUUAGAAAGAAGCAGAAGUCAUGAAUGUGAUUGCUUGCAGAAGUUCAGCUGUAGCAUUGCAAUGAUUUGUCUUUCUUUUUAAACUUUAAAGGUAAAGUAAGUUUUAAUUUAGAUAAAAAGAACAGGAGUACUUGUGACACCUUAAAGACUAACAAAUUUAUUUUAGCAUGAGCUUUCGUGAGCUGCACGAAAGCUCAUGCUAAAAUAAAUUUGUUAGUCUUUAAGGUGCCACAAGUACUCCUGUUCUUUUUGCGGAUACAGACUAACACGGCUGCUACUCUGAAACCUUUAAUUUAGAUGUCACUCAACUGGCAAAGAAAACAAAUCACACAUACUAAAUAAUAAAACAGUGAUUCCAUUGUAAUUGUUUUUCAGUUGAGGUCUCGAGCACAGUAAAUAAGUCAAAUCUGUUUCCACAUACAUAAACCUUUGAUUUAUGGUGGUUUUCAUACAUAUGUUAAUUAGUAAUAGAAAAAUACUCAUUUUAAAAUUUUAAAGAGAUGCUGGGUUGAAUUCACAAACACCGUACUGUACUUGCAAAACGUUAUACCCAAGAAAGAAGAUAAUUUUUGAACAGUACACAAAUAUAGUUAUCUUCACAAAAAUCCUGAAAGUUAUUUGCCUAUCUAGUAAACUUUCAUUUCUACCUUAAUGGCACUUACAAUAAGGAAUUAAAAACUUAUUUUAUACCCCCCAAAAAAUAAAUGUUAAAUAAUUUGCCAAUAUUUUCCAUUCAUGCAGUUAUCUGUGGCAGAUCUCUGAUCUCUUCUGGUUUAGGUGAUUUUAGGGUUACCUCUUUCGGGGAGGCAAGUAUAGGGUUGGGCCUUUGAUCAUAGAAUCUAUUUCAGUAAAAGCCUAUGCAAAGUGUAUCAAAAAGUAAAUGCCAAGGUUUGUGAAUUUAACAGAGGAGGCAUCUUCCCUGAAACCUUCUAGAUCACACAAUGCAAAGCGUUUUUUGUCCAAGUACAAAAUGUUUAUGCAUUUGGACCCCUGUUCCUAUAGAAAGUUCAGAGAUUCAAGCUGCAGCUUGUGUACUGUGGACAAUACAUAUGUAACUUAUACUGCACUAUGUCCUUAUUCUUUUAACACUUAAAAGUCACUGGAAUGUUAUAUAAACAUGUAUGUUCAAUGUAAAUAAUCAGAAUUCGUAUUAGUAUCAAUAAUUAAAUUACACAGUAUGUAAUCUAAGGUGCUCAGUUCUAUAUGAAGUAUAAGUGAAUAACUAAAUAGUUUGCAAAGAAAGUUCAUAUUAUAUAUUUAUAGACAAAUUAAAAAUUAUGGUAAUUACAAAUGUUAUUUCUUCAUCAUUUACAGAUUUUGGAGUGAUUCAUAUUUGGAUGGGAUUGACAAAAUAUGGGCCUACUCCACAUUUAUAAGAGUAUAGUUUAUAUUUUAGAGGAAAGAUAUAUUUAAUAAAAGUCAUUUAUUCGA